GACCUUACGCCAACCAAUGGCGUGCCUCCGCGGCCUGGUUCUGCGUCGAUGCCGUCCACUUAUCAUCGAGCCCGGAACGUCACGAGCGCCUUCCUUCCCCCUGCUUGCCCGCACGACACAACCUCAGACAGGCACAGCGCCUUCCUUGCACACAGUUAGGCCGGAAAGAUCCAACCCAACCAUGUCCAUCCUGAAGAUCCACGCUCGAGAGAUUUUUGACUCCCGUGGCAACCCCACUGUGGAGGUUGACCUGUACACCAAGAAAGGUCUAUUCAGAGCUGCAGUGCCCAGCGGCGCUUCCACUGGCAUCUAUGAGGCUCUGGAGCUGCGCGACAAUGACCCAACUCGCUACAUGGGCAAAGGUGUCUCAAAAGCUGUUGAGCAUAUCAAUAACAAAAUUGCACCUGCACUGGUUGGCAAGGAUGUGAAUGUCAAGGAGCAGGCGAAGAUUGACAAGCUGAUGCUGGACAUGGACGGAACAGAGAACAAAUCUAAAUUUGGUGCUAAUGCCAUCCUGGGCGUGUCCCUGGCUGUGUGCAAGGCUGGUGCCGCUGAGAAAGGCGUGCCGCUUUACCGCCACAUCGCUGACCUGGCCGGCAACCGGGAUGUCAUCCUCCCUGUGCCUGCAUUCAACGUCAUCAAUGGCGGCUCCCACGCUGGCAACAAACUGGCCAUGCAGGAGUUCAUGAUCCUGCCCGUGGGCGCCAGCAGCUUCAAGGAGGCCAUGCGCAUCGGCGCCGAGGUCUACCACAACCUGAAGGGCGUCAUCAAAGAGAAAUACGGCAAGGACGCCACCAACGUUGGGGAUGAAGGUGGCUUUGCUCCCAAUAUCCUGGAGAACAAGGAAGCUUUGGAGCUCCUGAAGAAUGCUAUUGGCAAGGCUGGCUACACUGACAAGAUUGUCAUUGGCAUGGACGUGGCUGCCUCCGAGUUCUAUCAGGAUGGCAAGUAUGACCUGGACUUCAAGUCUCCUAAGGACACCAGCCGUUACAUCUCCUCCGACAAGCUGGCCGACAUCUACAGGGGCUUUGUUAAUGAUUAUCCAGUGGUGUCCAUCGAGGACCCCUUUGACCAGGACGACUGGGAGGCGUGGAGCAAAUUCACGGCCAGCACCAGCAUCCAGGUGGUGGGGGACGACCUGACCGUGACCAACCCCAAGCGCAUCGCCAAGGGUGUGGCCCAAAAGUCAUGCAACUGCCUGCUGCUCAAAGUCAACCAGAUCGGCUCAGUCACCGAGUCUCUGGAGGCCUGCAAGUUGGCUCAGAGCAAUGGCUGGGGUGUGAUGGUCAGCCAUCGCUCCGGAGAGACUGAGGACACCUUCAUCGCUGACCUCGUUGUUGGUCUCUGCACUGGACAGAUCAAGACAGGAGCACCUUGCCGAUCUGAGCGCUUGGCCAAAUACAACCAACUGCUCAGGAUUGAAGAGGAGCUCGGCGACAAGGCCCGUUUUGCCGGCCAGAACUUCAGACACCCCGUCUGAGUUUCCUUUGCCUUCGGCUCAACUUUGUGUUCAUCACUCAUAAUCCGAAUACUGAAAUGCCACGCUGAAUCACCUGUCGGUCCAAAAUGUUGGUCUAACGCACGGUGAAGCAUCAUGCGCCCCUUCAAAGUACGCUUUAGCACCUGAAAAGUAUACUAAUAUUAAUCCCUUCCCUUCUCAGAGGCCUUUGUGUAGUUACUUGUGAGUUGUGUCAAUCUUGGUCAUCUUCCGGGUGUUUGCGCUACCGUAACGUUAGUACUGUGUAAAAGAGUAUUAUAUGUGCAAUGUGUCUCCGUUGACAAAAGUCUUGUGUUGCUGUAAGCGUUGGCAGAAAUAUAUGACAAAUAUAGUUUGAAACGGUA